ACCGUGAUUGAGUGCGCACAGAAAGUUAUUCUCCUGACUUCAGUAAGAGCUGCACGGAUCCGCCGCAUUCAUCAUGAGUCGCAGUCCAGAAAGGGUGUCAUCAUACCGCCGUCACUUUGAAGAUGCCAUCACCUCCUGUUCCACGCUCCAGGUGCGCGUGUCCAGCCCUUCACCUACCCGAAAGACAGCGCGUCACCGCUCCGCGAGUUACAACCGCAGCGCAACACUGGGGCGCGGGGCGCAGUCUGCCACCCGCAGAUCUCGCAUGAGCAGCAGUGUGAGUAUGGGAACGCUGUGUCUGGGAUUGGGGGUAGCUGGACGUGGUGUGGACCUGGACGCUGCAGCUGCCGAGAACCAGGUUUUCCUCAGCACUCGUACCAGCGAGAAGAAGGAGAUGAUUGCCCUCAACGACCGUCUGGCGGUCUACAUCGAGAAGGUACGAUCUCUGGAGCAAAACAACAAACUUCUGGAAACUGAGAUCGAUGCCAUCAAGGGCCACUAUGUGAAACCGUCUGGCCUACGAAUGCUUUAUGAGGACCAGCUGAGGGAGCUGAGGAGAAUUGCUGACCAAAUGAAAGUUCAGCGGGACCUGGCACUUGCAGCACGGGACGCCAUGGCGGGUCAGCUGGAAAUGCUGAAGGUGAAAUAUGAAGAAGCUGUGGAGGCCAGGAAGAAGGCGGAGCUUGACAUAGAGGCUUUUAGGCCGGAUGUGGAUGCAGCAACGUCUGCCCGAAUUGCUUUGGAAAAGCGACUGGAAAACCUGGAGGUGGAGCUUGAGUUCCUGCAGAGAAUUCACAAAAAGGAAAUCGAGGAGUUGAUGGCUCAGAUUUACGGAUCUGUUGCCAAGGUAGACGUGGCCUUCUCUUUGCCGGACCUGUCCAGCGCUCUUAAACAGAUACAGGCUCAAUAUGACAGCAUCGCCGCCCAAAACCUGCAGGACAUGGACGCCUGGUAUAAAACCAAAUUUCAAGAUCUAACCAAAACAACAUCAAGGCACGUGGAAACAGCCAGGAGCGUCAGAGAGGAAAUCACCGGAUACAAGAAAGAGAUGCAGAAUAAGCAGAGAGAGUUGGAUGCUCUUCAAACAAGAAAUGAAGCUCUGAUGCUCCAAAUCAAAGAAGCUCAAGAGAAGUACAAGAAAGAAGAGGAGGCACUGAAGGCUCGCAUAGAGGAACUCAAGGAAGAACUGAAGUCUUUUAAGGGAAAGAUUGGAUUGCUGCUAAGAGAAUAUCAGGAACUGCUCAAUGCUAAGAUGGCGCUUGAGAUCGAAAUCACCACCUACAGGAAGUUGAUAGAGGGAGAGGACAGUCGACUGUCCACCAUGGUAGCCACUCUGUCUCUCGUGAGCAGCACCUUUAAAACAGGAACGCUCAGCGCUGGGUUCGGCUCUACUGGAGUGGCUGCAGGUAGCCGGGUGGUCAAUGGAUCCGUAAGCUCAGCUGUUUCGGAGAAGGUCGUGUCCUCCUCGAGCAGCUCUGAGAGUAAAACUGUCAACCACGAUCAUCAGGAGUCAGUUGGAGAGUUCACAGAGGAACAGGCCGAGGAGAUGACGGAGAGGAAAACCGUCUUCAUCAGAACAGUUAAGACAGACGAAGACACGAUUCAAAAAGACACGCAGGAACGCACCAUCACCAUUUCAGGCGCUGCAGAUGAAAAUGACUAAAUUCGACCCUUGGCGUCCCGAUGCCUCGCCAUUAACAAAGUUCUUUCAGUUGUUUCUUUGAAAUGGCGGCUAGAUUACACCAGCGUUUAUCCUUGUUGGUUUCACUCGUUUUAUUUUAAACCAACAGCUGGACAGAGAGCCAAUGGCAACAUUGUACAGAUCUUAAAAGCGAUCACUCUGUUCAGUGCUGCUUUGACUGUAGUGCUAAAUAUUAAAGCAUUUAACCUCCUGUGUGUCAUUUGACAAAACUCACAAAAAAAUAAACUCUUGACUGCACAUCA